AUGAAGACAAUCAUAGCCUUGUCUGCGUUGGCAACCAUAGCCAUCGCAGUACCAACCAAUUGGGGACAAAAUGGCGUCGAACACGACUCGAGACUAAACGGGCUCCUCAAAACCGUGAAACGCGAAAGAAAAUCUGCCGUUCCAGAAUCCCCGGCUGAAUUAUCGUUAAACCACGAUGCCCCACUCAGCGGAGCCGAAAAGGAUAUAGAAAAAACUCACCAGGGUUUCAAAAAACCAAUUAUAGUAAAGAAGAAAUUCGGUUACCACAUAUAUCGUGACUCUGACGAAGAACUUGCUCAAGCCGAACCCCGAACAAACUGCAGGAGACAGUUCAGAUUCAAAUUGUGUGAUGAAAGCGAUGAAACUGCACCAUCAAAUAUGAGAACUUUCAACACUGAGGAUAUUGAAGAAAGCGACGUCCACCACAGUUUAAAAAUGGCUAAAGAAGCGGUAGAGAUAUUGCAGAGAGAUUUACAAAAAAUUGAAGAAAGUACAAAAACUAUUCACAAGAGCCGUAAAGAAGAUUUAGAUGUUCAGUUACAUAAAAACCUUGAACAGGCCAGACAAACGUCAGAACAGUUAAAUCAAAAUAUUGAUAAUCUCGAGUCCUUAGCAAUGAAGGCUGCCGCGGCUUCAAAAGAGAGCGCUGCCGAUGUGACUAAUGCGAAGUUAGAAGAAGAUAAAAUGGCUCAAUGGAAGGAAGCUAUGGAAAAUAUUCAAAAGAAUGUAGAGAUUGUUAAAAACAUAGAAGACGCUUUUAGUUCCGAACAUACUCAUGCCCUAACUGAUGAAGAAUGGAACGCAAAAAGUAAGACAGUUGAGUCAUCACUCAGCAAUGAUGAAAGCAGCAGGAAACUAAAAGACACGAUAACAUCUCAGGAUAAGGAAGUUGAGAUAUUGUCGGAUGACAAUAAAGGAAAACAUUCAGUGAGUGAUAUGGAAACAUUUGCAACGGAAAACAAGCAAGUUAAAGUUGGUCUUCAGAGUGAUAGUCUAAAACUCGAAAACGCUGAAAACUGGGAUAUAACCGAAAAUGUACGUCAUGCUGAGAAUGAUAUUAAAAUUCUAAAUAAAGACGACAAACUUCAAGACGUUCACGUAGAUUUCGUAAGACCUCAGGAAAAAAAUGUUGAAAUACAUGAAUCGAAAAUAUUAGACCCUUCAAACCUCAAAGGAGAUGAGGUACAUUUAAAGGAAGAAAAAUCUGUGCAGCAGCUCGGUACUGAUGAUUUGUCUAAGAAGACUGAAGUGCUAGCAGAAAAGAGUGAUACCAUUCAACAACACAAAAGCGUAGUCGCAGAAAACGACGGAGAAAAGUUGUUUGUAAAGUCUAAUGAAAUCGAAAAAAUUGACGAUACCGAAAAACACAUGCACCAAGGAGAAAUUUUAAUGAGACACGGUGAAUUACACACAGGAAGCUUAGUGAACAAACCUGAAGAAAAGAAGGCUGAAACAGAGAAUACUGAAGACAUUGCAAAGGAGGCUAUUGUAAACAAUGAAAACUCAAGUGUGGUCGAUGCAAGCUCACAUUUACUUGAUGCUUCACCGAUGCUAAAAUCUGUAGACAGUGCAGAGACUAUAGAGAGUUUAGAAAAUUCCAGGAGAAAUACCGACUCAAUCCACGUAAAUGAUUUAAAAAUGCGAGAAGCCCUUGAAGAAGAUUCCAACGACAAACUUACGCUAGGAAAAAGCACAAUCGAGGAGAAAAUAGAAGACUUAAAUAAUAUGCGUGCAGCAGAGGAAAUCAAUGAAGUGACACAUGUAAAUAACCACAAAGAACUUACUGACGAUAAAACAACCAUGAAUAUGUUCAAGUCAUCUGAUUCUUCUGAGACACACACAAAAAUACACGAGCACAUAGACGCAAAAAAAGAAGCGGCGAAAAAAUCAAGUCACGAAAGUACAGUGAUUCAAAAGUCUGUCGAUGUAAAGAAUAUGGACCAGGACUCCAGCCAUCAUUUGUCAAACAAAAAAAGCGAAGACAGAAAAAUGAUAGCUGAAGCAAGCAACAUGCGAUUCGUUGGAGAAUCUGGUGAUCAACGCGGCAACAUGUUAGCCCAUAAAUCCGAUACGGACAGAGAUAUCCAGCAAAGAAUGUCUGAAAUGGACUUCUUCAACAAUUUAGACUCGCAGCACACUGCACAGUUAGUACAAGACAAGAACUUAGACUUCCACACAUCGUCUCAUGUGAAUGAGGGGAUAUCUGACUGGGAAAGACAGCAGCAGCAAAUGCAUUCUAUGCAUAUGAUGCGUCCCCCUUUCAUGCCUUGGAUGAAUGGCAGGAUGAGAAACAACAUAGAUUCACAAAUCGGCAACCUUCACGACCAUCAUUUGGGCAACAUACAUGUAGACGAUCACCAUUUGGGAGACUUACACCAACACGACCAUCGUUUCAACAACCUGCAUUUAGAUCACCAUCACCACGCAAUACCUAUGGGAAGAUUCGUCAACGACAUCCAAACUAUUAACCCGGAUCUAUUAAAUUCUCCCAUGAUGAGGGAAAAUAUUCUAGAAGGUGGCUCAAUGGACUUAGAUACUUCCAUGCAACCCAGCAUGAAAAUGAACAUGCGAGACGCUCUUGAUCAAAACGGUAUGCCUUGGAACUAUCACCAAACGUCUGGAAAAUCUGGAUUCGCCGGUAGUUUGGUGGGAUCGGGAUUAACUGGUUCCGGUGCCGUUGGAGUGUUUCCCACUGGCAACAGUGGAUGUGGAAUUCCACUUCUUUUGAGUUGUUCUCCUUCCGUUGUAUCAGGGAGCUUGGCGAAGCAAGCACUUGGAUUCCCAGGACAUGGUUUACGAUCUGGCGAUGAUCAAAGAUUCUAUAUGAAGCGAGACGCUCUAGGGUCCAUUGAGAGUACAAAAUUGAAACCUUCCUCGGGUUGA